AUGUCAUCGGUUUUGAUAGUAGGUUGUGGUGUAUUUGGAUUAUCCACAGCUUUAGAAUUGUCAAGAAAUGGCUAUAAAGUUACUGCUAUAGAUAGAUAUCCCGUCCCAUCUCCUUGGUCUGCCGCCUGUGAUUAUAAUAAAAUCAUCAGAACGGAAUAUAAUGAGAUUUGCUACACCAAAAUGUCAGUUGAGGCAUUAGAGAUGUGGAGAAAUGAUCCUCUCUAUAAGGAUGUUUAUAACGAAUGUGGUAGAGUUUUGAUUACUCCACCAUCCGCCGCUAAAAGAAAUGAAUUCGAAUUGCAAAGUAUUGAAUGUUUGAAGUCAAUUGGUCAAGGACAGAAGAUAGAGUUGUUCAAAGGAAGCAAGGUGUUGGGAGAGAAAUUCAAGGAAUUAGAAUUUAAUUCCAUUGAGGAUGAUAUAUUGAUAAAGUUCAAUCCUGAAGGUGGUUUAGGUCAUGCAGCUAAUUCCUUGAAAGCAGUAUUUAAUGAAUGUUUAACAAACGGUGUAAAUUUCAGAUUUGGUUCAAGCGGCUCAGCAGUAGAAAUCAAAGUCAUUGAUGGAGUUGAAUAUGUUAUUACUGAAGAUGGAUCCAAAUACACCGCUGAUAAAAUCAUUAUUAGUUCGGGUGCUUCCACAGGUAAGUUACUUGAUUUAAAGACCCAGCAAUCAGCUACAGGUCUCUUUGUUUCUCAUAUCAGAUUGACCCAAGAUGAAUUCGAAAGAUAUAAGGAUAUGCCAAUUGUGUUUGAUUCUGUAAGAGGAUAUUUCUUCCCACCAGAUCCGGAAACUAACAUCAUCAAGAUUGCUUUACCAGGAUCAGGAGCUUCCAAUCUCAAGGAUGGAGUUUCUUUGCCAAGAUACAAGUUGCAAAACCCGGCAGAUACUAUGCCAAAAGACUGUGUUAAGACCGUCAAAACUUUAUUAUCGAAAUAUGUUCCAGAUUUGGCUUACCAUAAAUUAUUCAAUCACAAAGCUUGUUGGGUAGCUGACACUGCUGAUUCCCAUUUUAUAAUUGACAAAGUUCCAUAUUAUUCCAAGGUAUACGUUGCAUCUGGUGAUAGUGGACACGGUUUCAAAUUGUUGCCAAAUAUCGGGAAAUACAUUAGACAGAGAUUAGAGGAAACCUUGUCGUCUGAACUUUCCACAUACUGGAGGUGGAGAGAUGACGCCAAAGCAUUCGACGCUAGUGAGUGUGAUUGGAGAGUUGUAACGGAAAACUUAGAUUUCUCUCAAAUCGAUUGGUUGGUAGAUGAGAACCCUAAAUUGUAA